UGAACGGCUUGUUGUUGUUAGAGGGGUUUUUUUGCUUUUCGGUUUGUUGACGGCUCACGCUAGGAAUUGCCUCAGGAUGGCUUCAUCACAUUUCGCCAGUCGACACCGAAAGGAUUUAAGCACUGACAUGAUUAGAACCAAAAUCGCCCGUAGGAAAUCACUGAGCCAAAAAGAAAACAGGCAUAAGGAAUAUGAACGCAAUAGACACAUUGGUUUGAAAGACAGCAACAUUCCAAUUUUGCAAGGCAGAAUUCUUGCUCCAUUAGAAGAGACUUCUCAAGAGCUAGCUCCAGAAAAGGCCAGUGCCAAACCAAGAUCAACUAAAACUGUUCUAAAUGAUCAACGAAAAAAAAUGCUACACAAAUACAAAGAAGAAAAGCAACUUCAAAAAUUGAAAGAGCAGAGAGAGAAAGCUAAACGAGGAGUAUUUAAAGUGGGUCUUUAUAGACCUGAUAUGCCUGGUUUUCUUUUGUCUCAUUCAAAGCCAACUACUGUGAAACCUGACCCCAACCAGGCUAUUUCAUCUGUGCGGAUUACCAGGUCAAGAGCCAAAGAGCAAAUGGACCAGACUAAGGUCAAUAAUGGGAGGACCAUUCAAACAAUCCAACCUAGUCAAAGACCAACUUCUGAAAAGAAAGUGCCAGACAAAGAGAAAAAAGCUGUAAAACUGGUAGCUCCUACAGCAGUGAGAAUAACUCGAUCUGCUACUCAAGCAACAAACCAAAUUCCCAAAACAGCCUCAUCCACCACCACAAGGAGACCAGUCUCCAGAGCUACUAAUGGUAAUGAACUAGAAAGAAAGUUACCAAUUAAAGGAAGACCUGUCAAAAAUACAGAACCAAACCCUGACAAGUUUGAACCUUCCACAGAGAUCUUUCCAGUGACAGCUAAAGAUCUUAUCCGCACAACAGUUGGUCAAACAAGACUUCUUAUGAAGGAAAGGUUCAAACAGUUUGAAGGACUGGUGAAUGAUUGUGAAUAUAAACGCGGUGAGAAGGAGACUACCUGUACGGAUCUGGAUGGAUUUUGGGAUAUGGUUAGUUUCCAGAUAGAUGAUGUAAACCAAAAAUUCAACAAUCUGAGCAAACUUGAGGAAUCUAACUGGCAACACAAUAGUAAUACAAGCAAAAAAACUGUUCGGAAAAAAGGUGUGUCAAAUACAACAAAUAAGCCAAAGCAGGACGGUGGUGGAAGAAUUGCUGCUAGAAACCGCUUAGCUGCCAUCAAGAAUGCAAUGCGGCAGAGAAUGAAGCAGGAAGAGCAGGCUGAGGCAGCAGACUCUGUGGUACCAACGACAGUUGACACGAUUGUGUUUGAUGCUGGGUUUUUCAGAAUCGAAAGUCCAGUUAAAUCAUUCUCAGCAAAUAAGAUAAACUUUGAGAUGGAUUGUUUACCCUGUGAUAGAAUGAACAUUUCUCUACUUGCUGUUGAAGUAACAAAUAAUACUGAAAAUAUAGAAGGGAUUUCAGAGGUUGUGGAAGGAAUGGAACUGAAUUCUUCUAUUGUGGAAGAAGACGUUUUGAUGAGUAGCUCUGACAAACAACUACCAUCACCAAGUAACAUUUCACAGCAAGACGAAACGAAAGUUUCUUUAGGUCAAUCAGUACUAAUUGAUGGUAAAAGUAUCACGGUGGAAUGCCAUCUUCUUGAUUCUCCAGGCUUAAAGGGCAGUAACCCCUUGACUCAGAGGGAGAGGAGACACCGAGAGCCUGCCCGACACAUCUCCUUUGGUGGCAACCUGAUUGCCUUCUCACCGCUGAGGCCCCUCUGUGGAGAACAGCCAGAGGAAUGUUAGGUUUAAAAGUCUAUCCAACACUUUUUCUUCAUAUUGGAAAUGGCUGUGAUAUGGGCUUAAAAAUACUGAACUUUUGGAGGAUACAGAUUUGUAGUCACUUCUAUUCAUUUAUAUAUUCUCAUGUAAUGUUUAGGGAAUAUUCUGUGUGGAUUAAAUGUGCUAAGUAUAAUACUGUUUCUUAAGGGAAGCUCUGGGAUGUUUUGUACAUUAUUAACCAUGCGGAAUGUAUAUGCUGAAAGUUAAGUGUAUUUACUUACAACUAAUGGCGUAUUCUUCAGUAUUAAUCAAAAUGUAAAAUUCAACAUUGAUAGAAAUAUGUGAACCUUUUGUACUUUAUUCUUAGU